AAGAGACUGUCCUCUGUGGGGUCAUUUCCAAUCUCCUCCCCACACAUUCCCUGCUCUGGGCACACCCCACACUUUCAGGCACAUUGUGUUUCUUCUGCCUGGAAUACCCUUUCCUCUGCUCAUCCUUCACGAUGCCACACACAUGCCUGUGCAGCAGACACUGUUCUGGGCUCUGUACACGUACGAUCUCAGCGGUUCUCACACAUCAGCAGUGUGUUCGAAUCAGCGGGUGGGCUUCUUACACCACAGCUUGCUGGGACCCACUCCCGAGCUUUUGAUUCAGUAGGUUCGGGUAGCGCUCAAGAAGUUUUGCUUUUAACCAGCCCCUGGUAUUUAUUGGUGCUGCUUGCUGGUCUGGGUACCACGCUUUGUGUUAUUUUGUUUCAUCUUCUAAGUGAGCUAGGGUGCCAUGACUGUCUGUUUGGGGGGUAGUCUUACUCAUUUUCAGCACAGGCCUAGAUACAUGCUGUUUGAACAGGUCCGUGGGAUCUGGUUUCAUGUCCUUGGCAUCAGGAAGGGAAUCGUCCAUUCAUUUAGCUUUGCAAGGGGGGCUUGUCAUCAUUUUCUAGAUGACAGCCUGGGGCUCAGAGAGGCUAAGUGACUUGUCCAAGGUGUCACAAGGCAUUGGGGAGUUGCUGGCAUUGAAGCAGGUCUCUCUGAAGCCAAGACGUUCCCCACCCUCUCAGGUGGAGAUGCCAUCCGGUUUCUGACCCAGGUGUCACUUCAGGAAACUCUGCCCUCAGUUUCAGAGCUCAGCGACGUCUGGGCGGUGUGUGCAGCCAGUUCCCCACAGAGCUGGCUGAGGUCCAGCCGCAUCCCCGGGACCACAGGGCCUCAGACUCCCACUAAGUCUCCUGCUGCCCACGCUCCCGCUGUGACCUGCAGCUCAAUAAAGGCUGCACUGCAGGCAGCUGGGCUGGAUGCCUUUGGCUCCUUGCCUCCGUGUUCCGUCCCCAGUGGCCUUGCAGGAGCCCCAUGAGCAUGACACAGCUGCUGCUGCUCAUUGUGUCUCUCCUGGUCCUGGGGCACGUGCCACCAGGGAGAAGUGAGUUCAAACGCUGCUGGAAGGGCCAUGGAGCCUGCCGGACUUACUGCACAAGGCAAGAAGCCUACAUGCACCUGUGCCCAGACGGCUCCCUCUGCUGCCUCCCCUAUGGACUCAGGUCUCCGGUGCCCGCUAAGCCAGAGAAAGUGUAGCUGGUUCUGGGGCUGGCACCCUUGCUCUCCAAUAAAAUACGUGCUGCCCCUCA